AUGCAACUUCACAGCUUUCUCCUUCUUGCUUCAUCGUUUGCCAUCCCAAUAGCAGUAGCCGGAACCAUUCCAGAUGAUGUAAAGCGCAGCUCUCCUCCAGAUAUGGCGCUGGUCGUAAGAGCCUUAGAUGAGAUCUUGCCAGGAGCAAAAAAUUACGAAGUGCAUAAUAUUAUUGCUAGACUUGAGGAAGAAGGCCAUUUUGACUCUCUUGACAAGCGAGUCAGUAUCGGCCUUGAUCCAAGCCUGUGGGUCAACGUGUCAGGUUCAUGUACCUCUUGCAUCGUGGCUUGUGUAGCCGGUGUAUACACGGACUAUCGGGCAGGCAACAAUAUCCCUACCCUUACCAUGUGGGGUCAGCUCGCUGUCUGUGGUUCCACCUGCGCACUCACUGGGGAUUGCGGAAGCUCUAGAAUGGCGGCAACUUAUCAGGCACAACAGCCACAUACUUUCCCUACUGACGCCAAGAAAAGGGCUUGA